CACUGAAGCAGCGUUUCUCAACCCGGCGAGACCAUUAAAUAACUCUCAAAACUGAAAAUGAAACUUAUGGCAUAUGAAACUGUUUAUAAACUUAUGCAGGAUAAUUUGAGAGAUGCAUCAGCUCGAAACAGUCAUGCUGAACAGCUUCACGGAUUAUGAGCAUUGUUUUUUUUGUUUUUUUUUUUGAUGCAUGCUUCUCUCUUCUGUCGGAAUGUUUUCGAGAGGGAAAUGCGAUGUGAAAUAUGAACGACUAGAGAGUGAAUCAGAAGCAAAGCCUUUUAAGAAGAGGACCUGUGCACUGCAGAUCUUUUAUUUGUUUUGCUUAUUAUUUGCAUUUUUCAUUAUUAUCUUCAUUUAUAUGCAAGACUCCUCUAACGCACAUUAUGACAAACCUGAAGACCCUGACCUUCAAACUCAUCCCUCCUUCCAUGAUUUACCAAUUCUCCAAACACCACACACCAACACAUCCACCAGUCCUCCGUCUGCAAAGGCAUGUGGUGUUCAAGUGAAGGACGGGCCUGUGAUUAAAGUCGGCCAUCUUAACACAUACGUGAUCGGCUCUUACAUGGAGCAUCGUUUUGGUGAAAAACAAAUAAAGACGAUUGCCAUUUUUCUUCGAAGUGAGCAAGUGACGUUAAAUUGUGUGAUGUGCUGCAAUGGGACGACCGUGAAGUUACCAGCUGAAUACUCAAUUCAUUCUGACCACUUUAACUUUGAAUACGGCACUGCUACUAUCAUGUGCCCAAUCGAAAGCACGUGUUUGACACCGACGCAUGUUGCAAUCACAGCAAGGGGCGUAUCAGGGAACGUAACAUCCUUUCAACCUAUUAGAAACAGAAAAACUCCCACAACCUUCCCAUAUGAGUUCACAAUCUGCAUCUCGGCCAUGUACGACUACAAGACUGUGCUGAAUCUAGUCCAGUCCAUGGAGAUGUUCAGACUGCUUGGUGCUCAGAAGGUAGUGAUUUAUAAAACCAACUGCGAUUCAGACACUCAGAAGAUUCUGGACUAUUAUGAGAAAAAAGGUUUUGUGGAGAUCAUUCCUUGGACGAUUAAAAAACACAUUAAUGUGUCUCGUGGCUGGGAGAUGAAUAAGUCGCCAGGUCAGCUGCACUACUUUGGGCAAAUCCCUGCGCUUAAUGACUGUGUUUAUCCUUACAUGUACCAAAGUCACUAUGUGGCUCUACAUGACAUGGAUGAGCUCAUUCUGCCUCUCAAAGUGAAGACCUGGACGGAGCUGUUACCUGAGCUUGAGAUCGAGUACAGUUCUGAUGUGGGCUUUGAGUUUGAGAAUAACCAUUUCCCAUUCGAAGCAAAGUCUCAUGCAGAUUAUGAUCAAGACUCCUGGAAUAACAUACAGGGAGUGAAUAUUUUAAACUAUAUCGAUCGAGUACCCAACCUCCCUAACACUUUCAACAAUUUCAAGAUUAUAGUAAAUCCUCGGCUGGUUUUGAAGGCUACUGUCCAUGGCUUGCUGACCAGUGUGAACGGGAGGCCUACAGUUCGGGUGAAAAACUCCAUCGCUCGCAUGUACCACUAUAAACACUUUACAUACCCACCCAACACAAACCUUGUAAGCGAUGAUCAUCUCUGGGACUAUGCCAAAGAUCUUAUACCAGCUGUUUCUAAAGUUCUACAGGCCUCUGGACUCAUUGAGGCCUAGACUGUAAAGACUCAUAACAUUUCUAUGCUCAAAUGAUUGUGAUAAAGGACUGUGUGUCACUAGUCUCAGGGAUUAAGGGUUUAUAAUAAAGAAUAAAGUGAUAUGAUAAAUAAUACACACCAGUUUGCAUGUCAGUCAUGCAUUGAGGAAAACACAACAUCUCAAAUGCAUUAAAAAGCGAUUCGCUUUUUGCUAUCAUUAAUCAAUUAGAUUUUUUACAAAGUCCCUUUUGUAUUUUUAUAUAUUUGUCUAGUCUUUGUCCUUGAUCAAUGCAAACAAUGUGAUUAUUUUUCAUUAGUCCAACAUAAAGCCGUGCAAU